GUGAGACAGCACAUCCUGCCCGCCCGGCGCCCCGCCGCCGCCGUGCCGCGCGUCCAGGCAACCACCAUGUCUGACAAAAGUGACUUGAAAGCUGAACUGGAACGCAAAAAGCAGCGCUUAGCACAGAUUAGAGAAGAGAAGAAACGUAAGGAAGAGGAAAGGAAAAAGAAGGAGGCGGAUCUGCAGCAGAAGAAAGAGCCUGUCCAGGAUGACUCUGACCUGGAUCGGAAGCGGCGGGAGACGGAGGCUCUUCUGCAGAGCAUCGGGAUAUCGCCUGAGCCCCCGCUAGUCCCAACCCCUAUGUCUCCCUCCUCGAAAUCAGUGAGCACUCCCAGUGAAGCCGGCAGCCAAGACUCAGGCGAUCUGGGGCCGUUAACAAGGACCCUGCAGUGGGACACAGACCCCUCAGUGCUCCAGCUGCAGUCAGACUCAGAACUUGGAAGGCGACUGCAUAAGCUGGGCGUGUCGAAGGUUACCCAAGUGGACUUCCUGCCGAGGGAAGUAGUGUCCUACUCCAAGGAGACCCAGACUCCGAUCGCCACGCAUCAGUCCGAAGAAGAUGAAGAAGAUGAGGAAAUGGUGGAACCUAAAGUUGGCCACGACUCAGAACUGGAAAGUCAAGACCCAAAACAGGAGGUGAAGGAAGCCCCUCCCAGGGAACUGACAGAAGAAGAGAAACAGCAGAUCCUUCAUUCAGAGGAGUUUCUCAUCUUUUUUGAUCGGACAAUACGGGUCAUUGAGAGAGCUCUGGCUGAAGACGCUGACAUCUUUUUUGACUACAGCGGUCGAGAGUUAGAGGAGAAAGAUGGGGAUGUUCAAGCUGGAGCCAACCUGUCUUUCAACCGCCAGUUCUACGAUGAGCAUUGGUCCAAGCAUCGAGUGGUCACUUGUAUGGACUGGUCUCUCCAGUACCCUGAGCUGAUGGUCGCUUCUUACAACAACAAUGAAGAUGCUCCCCACGAACCAGAUGGAGUGGCCUUGGUUUGGAACAUGAAGUUUAAGAAAACCACCCCAGAGUAUGUCUUCCACUGUCAGUCCUCCGUGAUGUCAGUCUGCUUUGCCCGUUUCCACCCAAAUCUGGUGGUUGGUGGCACCUAUUCGGGCCAGAUCGUCCUGUGGGACAAUCGUAGUCACCGAAGGACACCGGUGCAGCGGACACCCUUGUCAGCAGCUGCGCACACACAUCCUGUGUACUGUGUCAAUGUGGUUGGGACCCAGAAUGCUCAUAAUCUCAUCACUGUUUCCACCGAUGGGAAAAUGUGUUCCUGGAGCCUGGACAUGCUCUCCACGCCACAGGAGAGCAUGGAGCUGGUGUACAAUAAGUCCAAGUCCAUCGCUGUUACCGGAAUGGCUUUCCCGACGGGAGAUGUCAAUAACUUCGUGGUCGGCAGUGAGGAGGGUACGGUCUACACGGCUUGUCGUCACGGAAGCAAGGCAGGCAUUGGUGAGGUCUUUGAAGGUCACCAAGGGCCAGUGACGGGAAUUAACUGCCACAUGGCAGUGGGACCAAUCGAUUUCUCUCACCUGUUCGUUACAUCGUCAUUUGACUGGACUGUCAAGCUGUGGACCACAAAGCACAACAAGCCGCUGUACUCCUUUGAGGACAACGCGGACUACGUGUACGACGUCAUGUGGUCCCCCGUGCACCCCGCGCUCUUCGCCUGCGUCGACGGGAUGGGGCGCCUGGACCUGUGGAACCUCAACACCGACACGGAGGUUCCAACAGCAAGCGUGGCCAUUGAGGGGGCAUCGGCCCUGAACCGAGUCCGCUGGGCUCAGGCCGGCAAGGAAGUCGCCGUGGGGGACUCCGAAGGCCGCAUUUGGAUCUACGACGUCGGAGAGCUCGCAGUUCCGCACAACGAUGAGUGGACGCGGUUCGCCAGGACCCUCGUGGAGAUUCGCGCCAACAGAGCUGACAGCGAGGAGGAAGGCGCGGUGGAGCUCGCUGCCUAGCGGACCUGAGCCGCCCCUGUGUCAGUCAGUGUCCACCCAGUGUCCGUGUCGCUGUGACCGCUUGGGCGUCCUUGUGCCAGCCUUGAUCCAAGUGUCCCAGCUGUAUCCCACCGUCUUCCUGCUGACCCGAGGUUCACCGGAGUAUGUGUCUUUAUACUUCUGUCUGAAAUGAAGGGGGUGGAGGGAAGACCUUUACGGCUUUAGUUGUUGCCUUUUAACUACUUAGUAGCUGUAUUUAAUAGCUGGAAAAUUCUGGUUAAAUUUGUGCUUACAUGCACUUCUGUAUAGUCCUAUUAAAUCCAUCUGAAGCCAGAUAUGAUUGGGUGCAGAUGUGGCGUGCCUCGUGUGGUACAGGGCCAGCAGCUUGCAGCGUGCUGUUUUCCAUGGUGACUCGCAGUAUGAAUGGAUUUACUAGAACGUUGCUGCUCCUUAUUUAUUGUAGUGUGCUGCAUGGAACGUAUUUAUUUGAAAGCAUUAAAAUAAACGAUCCUGGAGCAUGUGCAUAAUGAGAGGACUGUAUUCUCUGUGCUGCUCUCGAGUUCCAAAUAACAAUUACUGUAUGGCAGCGCCACUGCGGGCCUGAGCGCUUGCGAGGUGGUUGCAGUGAACGAAUGCCUAUUAUUUCUAGGUACUUUAACAAUAUUUCAAAUAGAGCUGACCAUUGAUACUUGUCAUUCAAGCGAACGCAGGCCAACAAAAGUCUGCGGUUCCUAAGUAUGACACCAGAAUUGCCAAUAAAACAUUCCA